UUAGAGGAGAAAAACAAGAAAAAAAAUAUUCUGAACCAAUGGACUGCAGACACAGUACAGGAGAUGACCAGAGACUGCGGACACAGUACAGGGGAUGACCAGAGACUGUGGACAUAGUACAGGAGAUGACCAGAGACUGCGGACACAGUACAGGAGAAGGACCAGAGACUGUGGACACAGUACAGGAGAUGACCAGAGACUGCGGACACAGUACAGGAGAUGACCAGAGACUGCGGACAUAGUACAGGAGAUGACCAGAGACUGCGGACAUAGUACAGGAGAUGACCAGAGACUGCGGACAUAGUACAGGAGAUGACCAGAGACUGCGGACAUAGUACAGGAGAUGACCAGAGACUGCGGACACAGUACAGGGAAUGACCAGAGACUGUGGACAUAGUACAGGAGAUGACCAGAGACUGCGGACCUUUGGGGAGGGAGGGGGAACUUUGACAGGUACCCGCUCCCACUUCCGCGGAGUUGUCCUUCCUUCUUCCCGUGGCGGCUUCUGUGACAGCUGGGUGCCCACUGCGCAUGCGCGAGAAGCGCUGUGCUUUGUGAAUGGCCCGAAGCCUUCUGGGACCUGUCAUGUGUCCCAGAAGACGCCGGACCAUUCACAAAGCGCAGCGCUUCUCGUGCAUGCGCAGUGGGUCACAGAAGCCGCCGCGGGAAGACUGUCACAGAAGGUAAGGUCCUGCAGGAGAGAAGAGCUGAGUGGCCGGAUAUGGUGGUGGCAGAAAUACCGGACCGGCCGCUUUACAUUCGCUCCAUAAGAUGCACUGACAUUUUCCCCCCUUUUUUGGGGGGAAAAAAGUGC